AUGAACCAGAACCACCAGGGUGAGCUAAACGAGACUGUGCUUACAGACUUGGACACGAUGCUGAGGCAAACCAAUCCAUUUGCCAUGGCAUUCAGCAACAUGAGAGCAGUGUGGCUGGAGGAACAGAGAAUUGCCAACGCCAAUCCUCUGGUGCAACCCAGGAGAGUCACCAUGCAUUUGGUGGCUGACCCAAACAGUGACCCAAGGCGGUACAAUCUACCGCCAACUCAAGUCAACGAAGUUUCGGUCGUGUUUGCUGGAAACAAUGGCCAUCCGCCGAGAAACCUUGACCUGGUAGUGUUCGACUCGAAUCCAGUGAACCCACAACACAGGAUGCAAAACUUAUCGUACGGCUCCCAGCACGCAGAUCCAGUGCUAUACCCCCUGUUGUUCCCACACGGUGAACUGGGUUGGCAUUUCGAACUGCGACAAGAUGAUGGUGGCCGGCAAAAUGCUGUGCGCACACGCAACACUAUCAGAGAAUUUGUGUGUUACCGUCUGGCCAUUCGUUACGAAGGAAACAACGACCACAGGCAUAGAUAA